CUGACGUAAAGUCACUUCCGGGAAGUGGGGCCGCGCUUUGUUAGCUGCAACAUGGAGGCGACUAGUGGAACCGAUGAGCCGGUUUCCGGGGAAGUGGUGUCAGUGGCACAUGCUCUUUCUCUCCCAGCCGAGUCCUAUGGCAACGAUCCUGAUAUUGAGAUGGCUUGGGCCAUGCGAGCAAUGCAGCAUGCCGAGGUCUACUACAAGCUAAUUUCAUCAGUUGACCCCCAGUUCCUGAAACUCACCAAAGUGGAUGACCAAAUCUAUUCUGAAUUUCGGAAAACUUUUGAGAAACUCAGGAUAGAUGUAUUGGACCCAGACGAGCUCAAAUCAGUAUCAGCUAAAGAGAAAUGGAGGCCAUUCUGUUUGAAGUUUGACGGGGUUGUAGAAGACUUCAACUAUGGUACUUUGCUGCGACUGGAUUGUUCUCAGGGCUACACUGAGGAAAACACGAUCUUUGCCCCCAGGAUACAAUUUUUUGCCAUUGAAAUUGCUCGGAACCGGGAAGGCCAUAACAAAGUAGUUUACACCAGUGUUCAGAACAAAGAGAAAGGAGCCGACAGUGGAGAAAAAGAGAAAACUGACAACGGAGGAGGAAAAGACGAAACAGCCCACAAAGAAGUCAACAAACGUGGUGAAACAGCUGUGUAAGGUAGACGGGGAACAGCACUCUGGACACUGACUCAGCAAAGCCUACAGAGAAUAAGAAACAUACUGUUUAAAUUCAGACUGCUUUAAAACAAGAGGCAUCUGUCCAAGGACUGAAAACUGGGGAAAGGGAGGGGAAUGAGAACAUGGAACGCUGGAGCUUUAAGUGGAAAUAGUGGACAGAAUUCUUAAGAUGGCUGCCAAGAUGUCCACUUCUGGUAUACACUCUCUAUGCUUUCCUCCUGUUGGUAUGGGUAAGAUUUGUGAACAUGGGGGGAUUUUAUUUUUGUGUUUAAGUUAUUAACCAUUCGUUUUUGACUUAAUCCAAAGGGAGAUUAUCCUGAGUGUGUCUGGCCUAAUCAGGACACUGAGCAGGGGACCCAAUGAAACUGUAUCUGGACUCCUGACCCACAGGACUGUGAGAUAAUAAUGGGUGUUGUCUUAAGCCACUAAUUUGUGGUAAUUUGUUACACAGCAGUAGAAAACUACUACAGACUUAGAGUUCUGCUGUAACAAGUACCUAAAAUGUGGGAGUGCCUUGUGUGUGGAGGCUGGAAGAAUUUUGAGAAGGAUGAUAAAGAAAUCUUAAAUUGCUUUGAAGAGAGUGUCAGUAGAAAUACAGAGUUUAAGGGUGCUUCUGGUGAGGGCUCAAAAUGAAGUAAGAAACAUAUUAUUGGAAAGCGGGAGGAAGGAUCCUAUUAGAGGAUAGCAGCAUUGUAGUUAGAGGCCAGGAAGUUUGAGAUUUGAGCCCUUGCUCUGCAUUAUUUGGGAGAUGAUAGCAAGCCAGUGUUGACAUAGUAUGUUAAAAUGUAUGAUUUUUUCAGAAUGUGGUACCUUUCCAGUUAUUUAUCUCUGUGACCUCUUUUGGAGGCAGGAAAAGGAAUUUUUUUUUUCUUUUUUUUUUGCAUUUACAGAAGGGAAAACUGGAGCCAUUUUAAAAUUUUAAGCCACUAAGUUUGUGGUAAUUUGUUACAGGACCAAUAGGAAACUAAAAAGGCCUGCUGAGCUCUGCUCCAAAAGUACAAACACCCACUCCACUGUCAUUAUUUAUUUUGAACUAUGGUUUAAACUAGGAUACGCUAUGCCAGGUGAUUUAGGAACUGCACCCAAAGCAAACUUCAAUAAUUCUAAACCAUUUUGAACUUACUUUCCAAAGGAACUCCUGCAGCUGAGUCUGUGUGUAUCAGGUGUUGUUGGUAUACCUGGGAGUUCUCUAAGUUUAUUCCUAUGUCCAAUGCAAUACUUAUUAAUGAAUAUGUAUAUUAAUAAAAUUUAAGAGUAACUUCAAUUGUUUAGACCUUAGAACAAGAAAACAUUUUUUCUGGAGAGGCAUAUUUUAUCAUUGACAUUGUUAAAAAUUG